AUGCUCUGCAAAACAACAUAUCAUUAAAAUGGCUCUAUUCUGAAUGUAUAUUUCACAGAAAGCUGACACUUAGAGGAUGGCACCUCACUUGUUCCUUCUCCUGUUAGCAGGUCUAAUAGGAGCAGCAACAGCACAAGAUAAUACAACAGCCAACCAAACAACUAUGUCACCAGAGGCCAUGAACUCAACACUAAAUGGCACUGAGCUCACAACAUUGGCACCAGGCAAUGGAACAGAGUCAACAACCAAUGAAACCACAACACUAAUGUCUGAUCCAACAUCUUCAGCCAAUGGUACAGAGUCGACAACCAGUGAAACCACAACACAAUUGACUCAGCCAACAAUCUCAGCUAAUACCACAGAGUCACCAGCUACUGUAACUGCAACAACACAACAAGCAACUCAGCCAACAGGUUCAGCAACUUCACAGCAAACAGGUACAACGACACCAUCUACUCUGUCACCUGUCAGCCAAACCUCAGUACUUCCCACCGCAACUUCGCCACCUACAACGCCAUCAACUAAACCAACAACUACUACAGCUACUACAACUCCUGCUACAACUACAACCACAACACCUGCACCACCACCUAGGCCAAAAGUUAAAUUAGAAUUUAAGGUGCAGCAAGAAUUCAAACAGGAGUUGGAAGACAAAAACUCAACAGAGUUCAAAGAUCUUGCGAAAAAUGUGACUUCAGCACUCAAUGAAGUCUAUUCCGAUAAAUUUGGAUCUAUUUUCAAUCGAACUGAGAUCAUCGGAUUCAGACGAGGAUCAAUUGUCGUCGACUCUGAGCUGAUAUUCAAUAACAUCACAGAAAUACCAGAAGCCAAUGUCAUUGCUGAGUCUUUAAAGAAUGCGAGCUCUACCCCAGGUUUCGGCCUUGCUGUCAACACGUCUUCUAUUUCUGCAGAUGUUGAAAUUCCAACAACUCCAUUACCAACAACUACCAUCCCAACUACGCCUACGACAUCAGUGAGCAUGACAUCCAUAACAGCCUCACCAACACCAGACACAACUUCUGUGCCAGUCAGUGCAACAUCACAAGCAGCCAACAUCACCUCACCUCCACUCACUACAACUUCUGUGCCAGUCAGUGCAACAUCACAAGCAGCCAACAUCACCUCACCUCCAGUCACUGAAACUUCUGUGUCAGUCAGUGCAACAUCACCAGCAGCCAACGUCACCUCACCGCCAGUCACUGCAACUUCUGUAUCAGUCAGUGCAACAUCACCAGCAGCCAACAUCACCUCACCUUCAGUCACUGCAACUUCUGUAUCAGUCAGUGCAACAUCACCAGCAGCCAACAUCACCUCACCUACAGUCACUGCAACUUCUGUAUCAGUCAAUGCAACAUCACCAGCAGCCAACAUCACCUCACCUACAGUCACUGCAACUUCUGUAUCAGUCAGUGCAACAUCGCCUACAGUUGACAUCACCUCAACUCAAUUCAAUGGAACCUCACCAACAAUCACCAGGAGCUCAACAACAGUCAACAUAACCUCAACACCCAUUUCCACAUCACUACCAGCACCAGAAGUUGACACAACCCCUACUCCUCUCAAUGCAACUUCUGUUCCAGUCAUUUCAACAUCACCAGCUGCCAACAUCACCUCACCUUCAUUCAGUGCAACUUCACCAUCCACUGUGUCACCUGUAAGCGAAACGUCAGCACCUACCAUCGCAACUUCCCCAACAACAUUACCAACAACUACAACUACGACAACUCUUGCUACAACUACAACUACAACUACAACACCUGCCCCACCACCAAAGCCAAUACUGAGGUUACAGUUUAAGGUACAGGAAACAUUCAAACCGGCGUUGACAAAUAAAGAAUCACCAGAGUUCAAAACCCUUGAGAAAAGAGUGACUGUUGAGCUCGAUGGAGUCUAUUCCAACAGAUUUGGGCCUAUAUUCAACCGAACUGUCAUCAAAGAAUUCAGACAAGGAUCAAUUGUAGUUGACUCUGAGCUGGUUUUCAAUAAUGAGACAGCACUACCAAAUACCAGUGAUGUUGUGGAAACUUUAAGGAAUGCAAGCGCCAGCCCAGGUUUCAACUUAACUGUCAACGCAACUACUAUUGCUGCAGAAGUUGUAGUACCAACUCAACCACCUCCAGUCCCAACUACAGCUACAACAACACCAACAACAGCAAAUAUGACUUCUGCAACAGCAAAUGCAACCACACCAGUAACCGACGCGACCCAACCUCCAACCAAUGCAACCACACCAGUAACCGACGCGACCCAACCUCCAACCAAUGCAACAUCACCAGUAACCCACGAUCCCUCACCUCCAACGACUUUGACACCAGUUACUCCAGCAACAACUCCAGUGCCAGCAGAUUCAAAGCUCGAGAUGACAUUUACACUGGAAGAACCUUUUAACUCGACUCUGGAAACACCUGGAUCUCCAGCGUUUGUCAGCUUGUCAACAACACUAACUACUCGACUGAAUGGCAUAUAUAGGCGGAGAUUCGGGUUUUUAUUCCUGCGAGUUCUGAUCAGAGCUUUCAGACAAGGUUCGAUUAUUGUUGACUCUGAUGUGAUAUUUGCAAAUGCGAGCUCUGUGCCAGAACCACGAGCUGUUGCAGAGACUCUGGUGAACGAAAGUGCCAGCUUGAACUUCACGCUGAACGCAACAAGUGUAGUUGUGACAAGAGUCUCGGCAACAACCAUUUCUCCAACUGUGAUUUCAACAGCAAAUGCAACAUCACCAGUAACCGGCGUGACCCAACCUCCAACCAACGCAACAUCACCAGUAACCAAUGCAACAUCACCAGUAACCAAUGCAACAUCACCAGUAACCAAUGCAACAUCACCAGUAACCAAUGCAACUUUGACAACAGUAACUCCAGCAGUAACUACAACAGCCCCAACCACGACUACGACUGCAGCACCCACAAAUCCUCCAUCUGCCACUGAGGGAUUUCUCUUCAUGAGAUUUGGUCUCGACAUGAUUUUUCAAACAGAAUUAGCCGACGUCACUUCAACAGCAUUUCUCCAAUUGGCUUCAACUGUGGUCAAGGAGAUCAACAGAAUUUGCCUUGGCCUCUUCACUGGUUUCAGUCGCUCACGCGUCAAUUCCUUCAGGAAUGGAUCUGUGAUUGCCAACAUGACUCUAGUGUUCAGAAGCACGUCUGUUCUUCCUAAUUUAAACAUUGCUCUGUCAGCGCUGGAAAAGGAGCUUCUUAAUUCUAACAUACUGAAUUAUAUAAAUGGCAGCCUGGUUUUAGCAUCGGGCGGUCCUCCUCUACCCACGAUGGGAAGUUUGACUUUCUUUUCGCUGAUCAUGGUGGCUGUGGCACAGAUGCUGAUCAACUCAUAGUACUCGAAACACAUGCAUUGUCAUUUGAUGCAAGCAGGCAUGCAGUAACAUUGAAGUUUGACAUAACACAUGCACACUGUGAAACUUACCACAUGUGGUAAAAAGAUGUGUCUUGUGGGUCAAAAAUUGAGAAAGCAAACUGGCAUGUCUUAUUUAAUUUACAAAUAAACGUAUAUAUCUUUUUUUGUUUUUUAAAUAUAGAUUUCUUUGAUUUUAUUCAGUAAUAGCUUUUAUGUAAAAAUGCAAAUGUCUAAAUUAUCAUGGGUGAUACAUGUCUUGAUAAAUGUAAUUCAUGACUCAGCAAAAUACAUUUUUCUUAUUUAAAUCCAUAUUGCCCCCGAAGAAACUCAAUGUAGUCAGUGUGCUAUGUUGUAUAGUGCUGAUGCUGAAAAAAUGAGCUUAUUAUGAAGAUUAUGUAAUUUAAACUACUAUAUUGUAUAAAUUAUUUGAUAGUAGACUGUAAUGUCCUGACAAUUAUCUGUGGUAAGAAAUAAAUAAGUAACUCUUAAUGAUUCCUGUUGAAUAUUAUCAAAAAUGUAAUAAAACGUUACCUUUAAAGACCUA